AUGGUGGAGGGAACUCCAGUGGGAACUCAAGUUCUUGAAAUGAUAGGCUAUAUAAAAAGCCUUGAAAAACUAGGAUUCCCUAUAGGUGAAGAAUUGGCCACCGAUGUUAUCAUGCAAUCGUUGUCAGAUAUUUUUAGCCAAUUUGUCCUUAAUUUCAAUAUGAAUGAGAUUAAUAAGACUUUGACACAAUUACUCAGCAUGUUGGGAACUAUUGAAAGUAACAUGAAACAGGCUAGACAUAAGCCCAUUCUAAUGGUUUGCAAGAACAAGGGCAAAAGAAAGCCUAAAGCUAAGGCAAAGCCUAAGGACAAUGGCAAGGCAAAACCCAACAAAGGAAGUGCUUGA